CGGCUCUCCAUCUAGACAUGGAGGCGGGGCGGAAAAGCUUGGACUACUACUGGAGGAGGAUACUGUGUUGCAAGCUACUGUGGCGCUGGCGAGCUGAGCCCAGUGCUUGGUACACUAGAAAGGCUUCACAGAAGUUCGACGAUUGAUGGAGGAGUCACGGUGAUGUCAGAUGCACUGCCUGGAAUCUCUUCCAGCCUCCUCAUUCCUUCCAGCAUCCCACAGUGAGAGGAGCCAUGGAGAGAGCAUGAUUUACUGAACACCCCAUGGAACGCCAAGACCAGCACUUGGACUCUGUCGUCAUCUCUGCUGCUGACUCUCCGGCUGAUUUGGAAUAAAUUCUUUGACCUUUCUGGGCCUCAAUUUCUCCAUCUACAAACUGGCAUACAUACGGCUUCAAGCCCACCAUGGAGCCAGGACACAUAGAGAACCUCUCCAUUCUCUACCAGAGCUCAGACUUCAUCGUGGUCAACAAACAUUGGGACCUCCGCAUUGAUAGCAAGAUGUGGUAUGAGACCCUGACCCUGCAGAGUCAGCUGAAACACCACUUCCCAGAGCUGGCUGAUCCUGACACCUACUACGGCUUCAGGUUCUGUCACCAGCUGGAUUUCUCCACCAGCGGUGCUCUCUGUGUGGCUUUGAACAAGGCAGCAGCUGGCAGGGCCUACAAGUGCUUCAAGGAGCGUCAGGUCACCAAAGCCUACCUUGCCCUGGUUCGAGGCCACGUCCAAGAGAGCAGAAUGACCAUCAACCAUGCCAUUGGGAAGAAUACUACGGAAGGCCUGACCCAUAUGAUGUGUAUUGAAGGGACAGAAGGAUGUGAGAAUGCCAAACCGUGCUUGACGGAACUGACGGUCCUGGAACGUGGUUUGUAUGAUGGUGACCCAGUCUCCAAAGUCCUCCUCCAGCCCCUCACAGGCCGGACGCAUCAGCUGCGAGUCCACUGCAGCAGCAGCGGGCACCCCAUCGUGGGCGACUUCACCUACAGCUUCAAGAAGGACAUCCGCCCAUUCCGCAUGAUGCUUCACGCCUUCUAUCUUCGCAUCCCCACGUGCGGGGAGCUCAUCGAGGUGAGCACCCCAGACCCCUUCGUGCCCACACUGGAUGCUAACUGGCAGCCCCGACACCAGGUCCAGCCUCUGGAGCACGUCAUCCACGCCCUGAAGACGGCCGCCGCCGCCGCUCCGGAUCCCUCCCCGGGGGAGACAUCGCCUGGGCCCCUGGGCGGCCAGGACGGGGGCACCCAGAAGGGCAGGGCCAAGGAGUCUGCAGAGCAGAGGGCCAGGUGCCAGCAGUGGCUGGCAGAAUGGGCGGCAGAACCCGAGAACUGAGGCGGGCGCCGGUGCCCCCCGCCCGACCCGGGCCAUCAGGAAACCGUCCCCAUUCCCAGAUACAGAUCAUCUCUUCCUCCCCCAGACUCUGAGAGUGAUGGAAUGAGAGGCUUCCUCCCUCCCUCAGCCCAAGGGAGCUUAGCAUCAGCAUUAUCCCGGAGGGCGUGGGGUGGCCAGGACUUUCAAGCUGGUGCCCUCCGGGAAAGAGCUAAACCCUCCUGAUACUCCACCCCUGGACACCCACAGUGUAGGGACACAUGGGGCUCAGGGUGAUGAGCGCUAGAGCGAGUCGGGAUUAGAUGGUUCCUCGGCACUGUCUACAGCGGGUGGACAGAGCGCUGCGUCUGGAGUCAGGAAGACCUCCGUUCAAAUCUAGUCUCAGACACAUCAGACACAUACUAGCUCUGUGACCUUGGGUAAGUCACUUGACCUCUGUCUGCCUCAGUUUCCUUGACUGUAAAAUAGGGAUAAAUAAUAGCACCUACCUCCCAGGUAGUUGUAGUAAGGAUUAAAUGAGAUAAUAUUUGCAAAGCACUUAGCAGAGUGCCUGGCACACAAGUGCUAUAUAAAUGCUGUUAUUAUCAUUAUUAUUAUUAUCAUCAUCACUGUAUGUUGGAAAGUUGUCCGAAAAGAGGGGAAGGAAAAAAUUUCCACUGGAACCUUUGGGUUUUCUGGUCCAGGGGACAAAAAUCUCUUUUGUUGUAAAUGAUCCAGGUAGACAGGCAGAGCCUAUUGCUGGACUAUCUGCUUAUAAUCAUCCCUAUUUUAUAGAUGAGAAGACUGAGGCCCAGAGAAGUUAUUUUCAAGGUCACAUAGUUUCUUAGCCACCUUUCUUGAUGCCUCUCUAGUGCCUGUAUUUGGGGAAAAGUUGUUUUUUUUUUAAUAAAGAUGAGGGUUUGGGGUGGGAGGUGGGGAGCAGGAUGCAAGGGUGACUUUUCACUGUAAUGGAGUGUGGGUACCACAUUCCGGGUGUGCAUGGACCAUCUAUCACAAUGGGAAUGGAGAAGAGUGGAAAAAUUGACGAGUUUUAUAUAGGAUGCUGUUCACUCAGUCUCAGGUACUUGCUGAUGCUGAACAUUCCCCCUGUCCCCCACAGCACAGACCCUGAAGGAUUGAGGGGGGUCUGGGGAGGGAAGGGUUUCCAGUUCCCCCAUAUGGUAGACUGCAGGCUUCUCUUUCACCAGGAGAGGGUGCCAGGGGUCCAUGGAUAGUUGGCGCAAUCCUCACCUGGCCCCCAAGUUCUGUCUAACUAGAGAAGGCUCAGCCCAGGCCCCUUGUGCAGAGAACACGUGUUCGGGUCAGCUCUUCCUCUUCCCCAGCAUCUAGUCAUUUUUUCUGUUCUUGCCCGGCAGCAUAAUCCAUCCUUUCCUUUUCAUCCUUGAUGCCACCACUCUUGUCUCGUCUGGACCAUUCCUAGCUGCUUUGCCUACUUCCAUUGCUCAGUCACAUUCCUUAUGCACACAGUCCUAAUCAUGCUAUCUCUUACUGUGUUUCCCUCUUGCCUUUGAGAUGGAGUCCAAACCGCUCAUCCUGGCAUUCAUGGCCUUUCACGAUCUGGCUGUAAGCUCUUGUAUCCCUCUCUCUCUCCUAUCACACAUCCUCUGCUUCGGCCAGCAUUGUCUUCUAACCUUGCCUGGACCGUUCCUGCCUUCAGCCUUUUGCUUGGGCUUUUAACUCUGCUUAGAAAUGCCUUGCCUUUUGAAAUCCCUCCCAUCCAUCAAGUCUUAACCAAAUGCUGUGGAACAGACAUUUAGAAUUGGAAGGGGACUUAGAACUCAGUCCAAUCAUGCCAUUUUACAGAUGAGAAAACUGAGGCCCAGACAGGUUUAAGUGACUUGCUUCACACCUGCUCAUCUAUCCAGCAUCUCAAUUCACACCCUCAUCCCUUCUUCCCACAACACUGAAAUAGCUCCUUUGUGGCUCAGGUUUCUUCCUUUCUCAAAUCCAUCUGCUGAAAUGAUUUUCUUAAUCUAUAGCUCUAACUGUGUUGUUUCCUUACACAAAAACAGCAGCAGCAGCUCCCCAUCGUCUCUUGGGUCAAAUAGAAACUCUGGCAUUAAAAGUCUUUCACGACUUGGCCCCAGCCUUAUUAGACAUCAGUCCCAUUGCCAUACUCUGCCCCCUCUGCUGUUUUGGGAACAAUUCACUUUGCCCUGAUUGUUCUCCACCUAGAACACAUGCAUUCUCUACCUCUGCAUCCUUGCAUGAAAUCCCUGUUUCCUUCAAGACUCAUCUUGAAGGAGCAGCUGGGUAGCCCAGCAGAUAGUGCUGGACCUGGAGAUGGAAGAUCCUGUGUUCAAAUGUGCCCUUAGACACUUCCUAGCCAGGUGGCACCAGGCGAACCACUUAGCCCCUCUUGCCUAGCCCUUGCCCUUCUGUCUUAGAGUUGUUACAAAGACACAAAGUAAGGGUUUAAAAAAAUAAAGACUCAGUUUGAGUGUCUUCUCCACUCCCUCACUAUUAUUCCCUGCCUAGCACUAGCCCUCCCUCUCCUAAUUACCUUGUAAUGAGUGUGUGUGUAUAUUCUGUAUGUACUUAAUUUAAUUUAUGAACCUGUCUCUUCCUUACAUAGAAUGUAAGCUCCUUGUGAGCAGGGAGUGUUUCAUUACUGUCUUUGUGAUUAGUGCAGUGCCUGGCACGUGGGGGGCACUUAAGAAAUGGUCGCUGAUUGAGCGCCCAGGGCCACUCAGGUAAUAUGGAGCAGAGGCAGGCUUUGAAUCCAGAUAUCCAACUCUGGAUUCAUUGCUUCUGCCGUCAAACUGGGCUAUCUUUUUGGAAGCCUUCCUUGUCCUCAGCUCGUGGUGAACUUCCCUUUGAAAGUAGGCUGUUUGACAAAAUACAAUACCCAUUCCUAUUGAACACACUAGAAAAUAUAUGAAUAAAAGGGCAUUUGCUACAAAUAAUAAGCAGUAUUUAUUAAAAACCUUCAUCAAGUGUUAUCUGCAGUAGGGAUAAGUUAGAAGCCUUCUCAAUAAGAUCAGGAGUGAAGCAAGGAUGCCCAUUAUCACCUCUAUUAUUUAGUAUUGUACUACAAACACUAGCAGUAGCCAUUAGAGAAGAAAAAGAAAUUGAAGGAAUUAAAGUAGGGAACAAGGAGGCUAAACUAUCACUCUUUUCAAAUGAUACGAUGGCCUACUUAGAGAAUCCUAAAAAAUCAACUAAAAAGCUAGUGGAAAUAAUCAACAACUUCAGCAAAAUUGCAGGAUAUGAAAUAAACCCACAUAAAUCAUCAGCAUUUCUAUAUAUUUCCAACAAAAAUCAGCAGCAAGAGUUAGAAAGAGAAAUUCCAUUUAAAAUCACUCUAGAAAGUAAGCUGUAUCUCCACAAUUUGCAUUCUGUAAGGGGUCCUUAUUGCCAGGGCUCUCUCUCCCCAACUAAGCUGUGAACUCUUUGAGGACAGAGAUGCUCUCUCCUGUCUUCUGCAUUGUCACCUCACAUGGGAUGGAGGAUAUGGUGGGCCUUCAAUAAAUAACUUGGAAACUUUA